AGGGCUGGUACAAAACCAUCAGCGGUUUUGUGGUGGUUAUUUACUCCAUGCAACAUAUACAAAGCUGCUUCCCAUAAGUAAACAACUGGAUAAUCUCAGAUAAUCACUGGGAUUAGCACUGAAUCUUGGCUUCUUGCAGAUAGUGUGAUGGACAGAAGGGGAUAAUUAAAAGUUUUUUUUCUUACAGAUCAAAAACACAACCACCAUUAUAAAACACUGAAAGAGAAAAAAACUGGAAUGACCCCUCCGUUUUCUCUCUCAGUCACUCUGUGCCUGCUUUUCUCCCUAUCCGUUCUAAGCGAGGGAUGCCCUUCAGGGUGCGGAUCAUGUGACCAUGGGCGUAUCCGGUGCCCUGGGGCAGGGCUCAGCUCCCUGCCCCAACCCCUCCCUUAUGAUGUUCUAACCAUAGACCUCACACAGAACAACAUACAGAAUCUUGACCCACUGCCAGACCUUCAAGGCCUUCAGUCCUUCAGAAUGUCCAUGAACAGCCUUGAGAUUGUCCAAGGAGGCACCUUUGAGAGAGCCCCUAAUCUCAUGAGCCUUGAUCUCUCCAUGAAUCGAAUCAGGAAAGUCUACAAGCACGGUUUAAGGGGAUUGGACAAUCUUAUGACAAUUUCCCUGAAUGGCAACAAGAUGUCUGAAAUUGAUGUCAUCCUUCACAACACUCCAAUGAUACAAUCAGUUAGAUUUGGGAAUAAUGAGAUUACCAAUAUUGACAACAAAAACUUUGAGAAUAAUAAGAUGAUUAAAAUGUUGGAUUUGAGUAAUAAUAAAAUUUCAGCGAUCGACGGAGAUGCAUUCAAAAAUCUGGCCAUGCUAAGGGUACUAUUGCUUAGCAACAAUCCACUAAUGACCUUGACUGAUUUGACCUUCACCAGCACAAUGUUGAGCUUGGCUGAUUUUUCGAACUGCGAUCUUACAUCAGUUCCGAAAACCAUGCCACCAAGCCUUGCAGACUACAGACUUGGCAAUAAUGAAAUCACUACAAUCAAUGUAGAAGACUUUGAAAACAUCACCAGCCUUAAAAUGCUUACUCUGAAUGAUAACAAGAUUUCUCAUGUUGACCACAGAUCAUUUGGAAGUCUGGUGAAUCUGAAAGAGCUUUGGAUGAGUAGGAAUGACCUAGUAUAUGUUCCAAGAGGUCUGCCAAAAGCACUGUCUAAACUCUUCAUGGACAACAACCAGAUUGUUGAACUGGAACAGAUGUUAUUCACACCAGAAUCAGAUCUGAUUGAUUUGAAUCUUGAAAAUAACAAGAUCUUUAAAGUUCACCAAGAUUCAUUGAAGGAUGUUAACAAGCUUCAACGUCUUAAUCUUCAGGGAAAUGUAAUCACUGAAAUUAUGCCUGGAACAUUUACACACACACCUAAACUUGAAUCUCUAGAGCUUACACACAAUCCAAUUCAAAAAUUUGAACAAGGAGCAUUCAAAGGUCUUGACUCUCUAACUGAUGUUGCAAUGUCCUUUUUUGAAUCUGGAUUAGCAAGUGAAGACCAAAUACUGCCAGAAAAUAUCUUUGAAGCAAUGCCAAAUGUUACAAGCAUUGACAUAAUGAGCAGCAUCAUGCUAACUAGAGCUUUUAUGGCAAAAAUACAAGAAGGAAAUGCAGCUCCUCUCCAAAAAGUGAAGAAGAUAAAUCUGCAGUACAAUGAGCUUAACACUCUGCCAGAAAACUUGAAGAAUGUGUUUCCAAAUGCCAAACAGGUCUUGCUGGACGAAAACAUGUUUGUGUGCGACAGAAAUCUGCUUUGGUUGCAUGACUGGAUGACAAACUCUGAAGUGUCCUUCCACCAGUAUGAGAAGCCUACAUGUAGGGAGCCAGAAUCCUUAAAGGGUAGAGAAAUUGAGUCUCUUGCUCGUAAUGAAUUCACUGAGGUGGUGCAAACGCAGCAAGCAAGACAACAGCAAGCCAGCAUCAGUGAACCAGACGCACAAGCUGUACAAACAGCAGAUGACCAACAGCAGGAACACAAAGAAACCCAACAAAGACAAGAACAACAAGGACAAGAUCAGCACCAAUUCCAAAGGUUAGAAACUGUUGCUCCUCCUGUUGUUCAACAAAGACCAACAAAUAUGGGAGGCACAAGGGUCAUCAUUAAACCACCAAGUGGUGACAGGGGUACAUCAAGCUCUAAUGCUGAAAGAUCAUCCUACAGCAAGCUUGCAAGACAAGCUGCAAGAAAAGCUGAGAGAGAUCGGAAGAGGAGAGAAAGAGAAGAGAAAAGACGACUGAAGAGGCAAAGGAAUAAGAAAAGGAACACUGAUGCAAGCAGGACAAAGAGGAAGGUGAGAAAUAAGAAGGGGAAGAAGGGAAGGAAGUGUGAGAAGGAUGAAGAUGGGAAUGUAGUAAAGUGUGAAAGGAAGAAGAAGAGAAAUAGGUGUCAAACUUUGGAGGAUGGAACGGUCAGAUGCAAAAAACGUAAGGGCAAGGGCAAGAAAAAUGCGGUAGAAGGGGAAAAGGAUGUACAAUAAUUAUAUAAUUGAUAUUUUUUGUAAAGAGGAGUGAAUAGAAAGGACCAGAUAGACAGAUAACGGCAUUUUAUGUUUCAUAUAUGAAGUUGAAAUGAAGCAAUAUAAAAAAAUGUAUGUAUAUAUAUAUCACAAAGAGUGGUAAAACUGCAAAAUUCAUAUUGAAACUUUGUGAACUCCUGUCUAUUUAUCUUUUAAAUGUGGAUUUUGAAACUUCCCCAAGCUGCUGAUGGAAAAAGCAAAGAUAUCUGUGAAAUGGAUACAUACAAUGUCUGGAAAAUAAAUGACAAAAAAUAUAUAAUGCUUAAAUAAUUGUGUGAUUUGAAGACAUAAAAUGAAUAAGGUAUUCACAUAAGAAAUAAUGCAAGACUGUUAUUUUCAUUAACAUCUGCAAUAAAUAUAUCAAAACCGCAAAGUGCAAGUUUACAUUGACUUCAGUAAAUGGAGAAGCUAAAUUAUAUUCACUUUUUUACUGAGCUUUUCUGUAAUUAACAUAAUAUGUUUUUUCUGUGUGUUCAACAGUGUUGUUUUACAAAAUAAAAUAAUCUAUUUCUG